AUGAACUUGUACCACAGUCGGGCAUCUGGAGGAGCUUCAGCUCUCAACCUUACCAACUCUUCCCUCAUCUACCUGUAUGGAGGAGACAUCGGGGGUGUCAUCCCUGCUCUGGGCUUUCCAUCAAGCAGGCAGGAGCCUCCACAGAAACCACCGUACAGCUACAUCGCGCUGAUCGCCAUGGCCAUCAAGAGCGCUCCAAACAAGUGCGCAACGCUGAGCGGCAUUUAUCAGUUCAUCAUGGGUCGUUUCCCAUUUUACCACGAUAACAAACAAGGCUGGCAGAACUCCAUCAGGCACAACUUGUCACUCAACGACUGCUUCAUCAAAGUGCCCAGAGAGAAAGGACGACCAGGAAAAGGUAACUACUGGACCCUGGAUCCGAAAUGUCUGGACAUGUUUGAGAACGGUAACUACAGGAGAAGGAAAAGGAAAUCCAAAGUGCACGAACCUGGCGAGGUCAGAUCACAAAAACGGAACCGGGGUGCGAGUCUUCUGGGUCCGUGCGCCAGCAAGCCAGAGAAGGAUGGGUCUCUGGUGAAUCAACAGAAAGCCCAAGAGUAUGUCAAUUUCCACAGCUGGACUCGAGGACAUCAAGCGUCAUCAGAUUUGGCCAUCCAGGACAAAAAAGACCACCCGCCGACCAGCUCGCUGAAAGACUCCACUGGUGCGCACCCAUCCGACGCGCGUCCUCACUCCCCAGUUCGGGAGAAAUGCGCGUCCCCGUGUGUGCCCAAGCAUCGACCCGAACCGCAGUCUUCACAAGCCGGACGCGCGCAGUUAGAAGACACAAAUUCAAAUGGAUCCACAGACGCGCAAACGGACAGUAGAAAAACUUCAGACAAAUCCAAAGAGUUUAGUAUAGACAGUAUUUUAGCCAAAAAAGUGACCCGGUUCCAGCGGACGUGCAGCUACAGUUGUGGAGGUUCUGCGUGUUUGGAUGCGCGUCACCAUGCGCUCGGAGCGCAUCUUUAUCCAAGCGCGUACCCGCUGUGCACCUACAUGUCUGUAGCAUGGCCCGAAUCUUUGCUCCAUUACAGCCACAAGCGUGAGAAGUUACCCUGAAGACUGGAUAUCCUUGGGGCAUUUGAUUUUACACCGAAAUUUAGGCAGUAAAUAAUUAUAGUAUUUGUACUGGUACAAGUGUUUAUACCCGUCUGGUAGCAAUCUCAAGGUAUUCCUGUGCUUGAAUGCUUUUAGAUUAGGAAGAAAUAUACCUGUGUUGGCAGUUACUGUCAAAGGAAUGUCCAGAUGCAAGGAUCAAACCCAGGUCCUUAAGACCCUGGAGCUGUGUUGCACCAACCUCGUUUCUCUUAAUUUAUAUGCUUAUUAUUAUUAUUAUUAUUAUUAUUAUUAUUAUUAGAGCUGUAUGGGGAUGCUGUGCAUAGAUGGGUUGUCACACAGCAGCAUGUUUCUUGAGCACCUUGUUUUGAUCAUUUCCUCUGAUCACUCUGAUCAGGAGCAUGUCCCUUUGUCUAAGGGUUUCCCGGCACCUCCCCAAAAUAUGCGAAAUGUUAAAUGGCUAUUAAAAAUGAGCCCUUUUUUUGAGUGAGUACGCAAAAGUGUGAGUGUGUUGGCCUGGGUUACUUUGGUGCCCUGUCCAAGGUGUUUUUCUGACUUGUGGCCAGCAUUUUUCAGUGGCACCAGAUCCACUGCAACCGUGACCAGGAUGGAGCAGUUUGUAAAAUUCAUUAAAAUAAUGUUCAUUAUUAGUUGUUAUUUUUAUUAACUCUUUAUCCUGGUCAUGGUCGCAUUUCCACCGGGAAACACUGGGUAGAAGGCAGGAAUACCCUGGACAGGGUGCCAAUACAUUGUAGGCCUUUGCGGCUGACUGACAAUAUGGAUGAGAUUAUUAUUAGUAGUAUUGUUUUUAUAUUAUUAUUAGUGUGGUGCUUUAAAAGUUUAUGUAUGACUGACAGUGGUUAGCACUGUUGACAAUACCAGCUCUUAUUGAUGUACAUUUAUUUAAUAGUUUAUUUUUUAAAUAGUGGUGGAUUUCCAUUCAAAAAUACACCCAUUGCAGGGUGUCAAUCCAUAACAGCGCAACACACAUUUCUACAUUCACUCACUAUCACACCUAGAAACAAUUAAGGGCAGCAGACCCAUCUUCUGUAUGUUGUUGGGAAUUAGGGGGAAACCAGAGUACCAGAGGGGCAUUUAUGCUGACAUGUUUAAAUCCUCACAGUAAUCAGAGGUAAAGAUUUGCUGGGCAUCACCUACUACAUUGUGCUGCCCUGCUGUGCAAAAGUACAUUGUGCUGGUAAAAGCAAUACAAGAUAAAUAACCAGAGAAUCAUUAAGCAUGUAUGCUGGUAUGCAUUUUGCUGGCCCAGAUCUUUGAAAGGUAAAUGCACCUGUCCGGCCCUGUACAGUUUUGGGUGUUUAUUUGGGCAUUUAUUCAGGAUCUAUUCAGUACCAAAAUACUUUUACAUUUUAAUGCCAACAUGAUUCCAUGUGCUUUCACUGAUCUACAGAAUGUGUUUGUUUUAAGAACUGGAUAUAAAAAAAAAUCCCAACUGUAAACGCAACACCUACAAAUUUCACUUCUGUUUUUUGUCUGUGUGAAGUUUGACAUGUUCUUUAUGCCUGUAUUGGAUUUCUUUGAAGUUCUCUUUUGAUUCUCCACUAUACUGCCACUAGAUGUGUAUAAGUGUGUAAAUGAGUCUAUGGUGACCUUUGGUGGGCUCCAGACUCACUGCAAACUCAUUCAAAGAGAAUAUUACUGAAAUACCUGUAACAAGGCAGUAAAACUCACCCACUUACCCACCCACUCACAGACUCACAGAGAGUAUUUACAGCAGCCAAUCAAACUAUUAGUGUGUUUUUUGUAAGGUAGGAGUAAAUCAGAGUAAGGGUACAUGACAAACUUCACAGGGACUCAGGGAUUAAACCAGUUCACUGGACCUCUAAACACUAUUUCAUGUUAAUUAAACUGUAUAUUAUUAUAAAAAUGAUACAUGAUUAUUAUUAUUAGUAGUAUUAUUAUUAUUGCUGUGAUGCAGUAUGGGUGGGCCACUUUGAAAGUUCAUAUUUGGCUGACAGUUGUUUACUCUGUUGAUGUAUCACCAGCUGCACCAUUCAAUCUCUAAUGGAUGCUGCUGUGUAAAUGUUUAAUUGAACCGUGCUUUUUUUGUGCUCUAUUCUGUGCUUGUAAUGACAAUACAAGUCUAAUUACAGAUUACUCUGUCCUAAAGAUUCUCAUGGAUUAAAAUACGUUUUGUACAUUUUUUGACACAUUUUAGCAGGAGCUCUUUUUUAUAAUAUAAAUGUUGAUAAAAGAAAGGUUGUGGGACACAAUACGCACCUAUCUUUUUAUAAUAAUACCUGUUGUUCAAAUAAAAUGUUUUUACAAACUCUAUUGUGACAAUUAUAUCUCAAAUUCAGGCUGUUAGUUAAUUAUACACACUUAAAUAAAAAGGAAAGUGUUCUUAUAUUGAUGUAAUAAAAUAAUCAUGUUU